ACGUUCUGCUGACCCCAGGCUCUGUGAUCCACCGUCCACGGACAUGUACCCACUAUAACCCACCACGCCUUCCACGUCCCACGCUUGCACCGGCUCGCUCUCGACUGACAGGACGGAAACGCCCUGAUGUAUCUUUUUCUAUGGACCAUCGGCCGUCCAUUCAUCAAUCGUCCACCCGCGUCAAUCCACAACCCACAACUCACAACCCACAAUCCAACCAUCCAUCUGCCAUCCAUCAUCCAUCCACCCACGCAUCUGGGGACCCUCUCUUCGCAAGUCGCAUGGUGCGCCGAAAGCCACUUUUCUUCCAUUUGCCUUUCUAAUCCUCAGUCAUUCAGCGUCCAAAAAUCUCUCCGCUCUUCCAGUCAGCACUCGUCUCGCUUCCCUGCAAAGCAUCUCAGUGCCUGGGAAGUCAGUCUACGAAGUACGGGUGUCAAAGUCACCCCGGCCUGCUCCCCAUAUCCGCCUCCGUUUCCUCCUCCUCCUGGUCUUCUGGAGAUCCUCCCGUUACCUAUUUGGCACGUCUUCCCCCCCUCUCCAUCUCGUCUUUCGCUUGAGCUACCCGUCCAACGCAACUUGCGAACAUCAACCCACGAAAACAACUCCACUUGCGUACUGGACACUGGUUGCGCUGCUGCACCUCGAGGGGAAAGCCCAGAGAUAGGAGCCACGACCCACGAUCGACCACCCGUCCGACUCUGGCCCUCGCCCUCGCCCUACGCAUCCGGCUGCUUCUCUCGCCCUCUUUUCCCAUCCGCAUCCGCAUCUGCAUUGCAUCUCUUGCCUCUGCUCUCCUCUAUUUGCCUCUCACACACACUCUCUCACUCGAUUCACAACUCCGACCAUAACAUCACCACCUCACCUUAACGAUACCCAACGUUCCGCCUUACCUUAUCCUCCUUUUUUGCCUCUUCCCUCUUAGUACAUCACUUGUCGCGACUUCACUUCAGCCUACAUACUACCUUACUACUUCUUCUACUACUACCGUACUUGCUUAACCUUUCUGCUCCCUCAACAUUCCAUCUGGGGAACCCCUUCCACUCUGGAUCGAUAACGUCGCGCCGGGUACCGCGGUCCCAUAAACUUCACAAUAACCCCGAACAG